AUGGACCACGGGCAUAUGUCAGGGACACCAUGGCUGGACCAGCCAGUAAUGCUUCACUCGUCUCGCGAGGACACGUGCAAGCUUACACCGGCGCAAUGUGAAUAUCGCGGUGGCUACUGGAGAUAUUGGUACCAUGCAGAUCAUGUAUAUGCUCUCGGGACGAUCUACUUCUUCGUGGCGGUCGUUGGCGUUUGCUUUAUUGGAUUUUACGCCCAACGACUUGCUCCUACGUCUCUUAGAGAAAAGACGUGGUGGCGGAAGCUAAUAGCUAGCUUUCGAUUUCUAUCAUAUCGCCGCUACGAUGUUUCUGCAAUACGAUGGCAUACUCCGGCUUUAGGAAUUAUCUUCCUGCUGAUUUCCGGCGCCGUUUUCUUCUUGUCGAUGACGCUAGGUCCAAAGCCGUAUUACUGGCCAAACACGCGAACGCUUAGUUAUGGAAGUUCGCCUCCUAUCGCGACUAGAACCGGUUGGAUGGCUCUGGCCUGUUUACCAUUCAUGAUGAUCCUUCCGACUAAAUCCAACCUGAUCGCUUCCUUGACAGGGGUUUCUCACGAGCGUCUUAUCAUAUUCCACAACUGGGUCGGAUGGGCUAUGUUCGCCCUCGCUCUUGUACAUACCUUUCCGUUCAUCGUCUUUCAUAUCUGGAAAGGAGACAUGGUCACCGUGUGGAAUACCAGCGUUGUAUACUGGACAGGAGUUGUCGCAUUGAUCGCACAAGCCUAUCUACAAGUCUUUUCACUCCGGUUUAUCAGGGAUCGAUUCUACGAAUUCUUCAAAUUAACGCAUUAUUUAGCAGCGGCAAUAUUUGUGGUGUUCUUCUUUCUUCACUGCGACUUUCGGUUGAGUUCCUGGGAUUACUUCAUCGCGACCGGAGUCCUCUACACGCUCUCUUUCCUCUACCCUCAAAUUCGCACCUACUUCGAAUUCGGAGUAUCCAAUCGUGCUAGCUUCACUAUGGUUUCGGAUCUAGCUUUGAAGGUGACGAUUCCUAUCGAUACAACGUGGCGGCCGGGUCAGCAUAUGUUCCUUCGUUUCGUUCAUAUGGGAAUGCACGCCUUUACGGCUCACCCCUUUACUAUAUGCAGUUUACCUGUUGUAGGAGAGAGUGGCGGACAGUCAAAGCUCAUAUUUUACGUACAACCUAGAGGUGGGCUCACAGGUCGUUUAGCCAAGGCUGCUGCGUUGCGACCGGGUUUCAGCGUUCCGGUUUUGCUAGAUGGGCCGUACGGAGGGGUUCAAGGAAGAUCCCUAUCCACGUACGAUUAUAACCUCGUCAUCGCUUGUGGCGCCGGUGCUGGCCUCUCCCUACCGUUCGUGCUGGAAAGUCUUCUUCGGUCGGCUUGGAAUCAACGUGCUGGCAAUAAGAAGCCUUGCACAAAGAUACAAGUUGUUAUGGCCACAAGGGAUACGCAGCUACCGCGGUGGUACGAGGAGGCAAUAGUACAACAUCUAGAGGAGAACGGCGUCGAUAUGGUACCUGACGAUAUCGACAUCUCCAUAUACCAAACUGGGAGGCUCGAGUCUAAAAGCAACAGCACGGUUAAAGACCCCGAAUUGUCUGACGAGAAGCUUAGUGGAAACUCUCCGGUGGUCAGACGCCUACCUAUUAAUGUAUUUUCCGGGCGUCCGGAUAUCACGACUAUAAUAAGGGAUGCUACUAGCCAGUCGGGGCUUUCUGUUGGCAUAGCUGCUUGUGGUCCUCGGGAAGUCUUGAAAAUUGUGCAAGACGAGGCAGCAGCCGCCCAGUUACGAAUUAUGAGCUCGAAGUCUAGCGCACGCGAGGUUUACUUGCAUUCUGAAAUAUUCUCGUAA